AUGGCAUCAGGGAGGGGCCUUGGCCAGUGGAUCCCCCCCUCAUCCCACUUAGGCCGCCUCCACAAGAGCCAGUGCCAGGAGGUCUCGCCAGGGCAGGGGCUGACCUACAAGGGCCAGGUCAGCGGCCUGCCCACGACCUCGGGCGGCGAACGCUUCCAGCUCUGGCGGCUGGGUUUCUGCACCGAGCGGCACCUGGCCACGCGCCUCAAGAGCAACAGCUUCUACCCCUUCACGCAGCAGCAGCCGGGCGUCUUCGUGCUGCAGUACUACCUGGACACACUGUGGAAGGGCGCGCUGCUCUUCGUCCUCUGCCUCGCGCUCGUCAGCUUAGACUUCGUCAGGCAGGUGCGCAAGCAGGAGACCUGGGGCUUCCCCGCCUUCGGCGUGGGCGUGGGGCUGUGGCUCCUGGUCUCGUCGCUGCCGCGGCGCCGCCUGGUGCUGAACCACACGCGCGGCCUCUACCACUUCUCCAUCCGAGGCCGCACCGUGUGCCAGGGUCCGAUGAACCUCAUCUACGUGCGCCUGGCGCUCAGCUCCGAUGCCUAUGGGAGGUGCUUCUUCCGGCUGGUCCUGUGCGGCCACAAACUGGAGCCGCUGGUGCUGGUGCAGCUGUCGGAGCGCUACGAGCAAAUGGAGUACCUGGGCCGUCACAUCGCUCGGAAACUCAACAUCAACUACUUCGACUACCUGGUCACGUCCUACCGGCACGUGGUCCGCCACUGGCCGCUGGGGGGCGCCGUCAGCCCGGGCUUGGGGCAGCGCAAAUCCCACAUGUACCCCCAGCCGCGCCAGGCGACGACCGAGGCCUAG